CACCUUUUAUUCUGAAGGGUUUUUGCUGGAAGUCUAAUUUGGAGCAAUCACAUGCCCCAAUGAAUCCUCGGAUACCGCCAAACGUUUCAUGGCAACAAUUAUGUCGGAAAACACGAAGGAAGAAGUGAAGUGUGGAGCAUGGCUGCGUCUGUUCAUGCCUGGCUGUUGGAAAGUUAUUCUGGAGUUUUUUAUUCUGGAAGGGAAAGGGGUUUGCCUCUUCUGAAACGUCAGCAUGCACUCACAUAAAAGUCGCCAUCAAUGGAAGAAUAGGAGAGACUAAUGCCAAGAUGAAGUUAUUCAUUUUCAGUAUCGUCUGUGUAUUUCUGCAAGUCAGUCAUCAAAAUCCAACAGGAAACUGGACUCUUCUGCCCCACAUUUUGGUUGUGGAGGUGGAUGGAUCUUGGGGCCAGAUGCCCUUGAGGUGCCUGGAGCAGCCGGAGGAGCUUCUGAAGAGAGACACGAAGAUCGAGGAUGUUUUUUGGAGAAAGAACGGAGAUGAGGAAGAACAGACAGGAAACACCUACAUGCUGGAGGUGGAGGAAAGCUUAGGAGGGGGAAACUACACCUGCCACAGCAAGGAUGGAUCGCUCCUCAAUCACACUGUGGUCCUGAUCCAAGAGAAUGAAAAUAACGGUAGAAGCUACGAAGAUAAUUUAAAGUGCUCCGCUACUAAUCACAGUGGAGAGUUCUUCUGCUCUUGGACCGGGCUCAGCGUUCUCGAUGGCAAAGUAGCAUUUAUCAAAGCUCGACGUGUUUCUGACAACUAUGAAACCCAGUGUUCUGUGGAUAAAAGCGGUCGGCGUUGGAAGUGCUCCUCAGGUCAGAGUAACUUAAUUUGUUCGGUGAACGACACCAAGGAGGAGAUCUUGUGCCUGGAUGAGCAGCACUGCCCAUUCACUGAGGAGAGCCAGCAUAUCUACAUCACUGUCUAUGUGUGGACGGAGUUAUUCCUUUUGGAGAUCUACUCCAAACUCUUUUUCUUGUCAGAGAUAGUGAAACCUGACAUGGUGAAAAUCAGUAAAGUCAAUAAUACUACGAUACAGUGGAGUUACCCAAGCUCCUGGAACAGUCCCUACUCCUACUUCCCUCUGAGUUUCGAGAUUGCCCAGCUCAAGCGGGGAUGCAAGAGAUGUGAGGACCUGUGCCCUGACUUAAAAUCCAUUGAGACAUUGAUGUUCAAAUCUACAGACGUUUGUCAGUUUACGGUCAGUCAACGUAAGACUAGGGUGGUCUGUGUCCGGGCUAAAGAUGCGCUCUGUAACUCACCAUGGAGCGAGUGGAGCCACAUCAGAAUGAAUAGAGGCAGGAAGAAGAAAAACAACAAAGUUUGAAAAAAAAACCUGAGCUCAAAAGGAAAAGUGAAUCACCAAAUUGGACACAUCAUUGAACGUUUUUUGUGUUUUCUUAUUUAUUUAUAUUUAUUUAAUCAUUUAUCCUGUAGUUUGUAAUACUUUUACUGAAAACUAAAGAAAUAAAAUCAUAUU